AUGACUGGGUUCGUGGCAUUCUCAUCGUUCCUCAGCAGCAUGUUCAGCAGCUUGAACCAGCUGCAGUCCCUGAAGUCACAUCGGGUGCGGGAGCGCCAUCACUUGAUGAUGUUCUUGAGGAGCAAGCGCAUCCCGGCGUCCCUGCAGCAGCUCGUGAUGCGGCUCUCCGACCAGGAAGGGGAGACUAGAAGUGAGUGCCAGACCGAGGCAGAAGUUCCGAUAUUGACGCAGCUGCCGGUAUCCAUCCAGAUCCGAUUGCGCAGGGAGUCUUGUUUGCCGCUGCUGCUGAAAAGUGAGCUCCUGGGGCGCGUGCACCACAUCGACCCCCGGUGCUUUCUGCAGAUCUGCUACGACUGCAUGGCGGACAGUCGCUACAUCAGCCAGCAGGAGGUAUUCCUGGACGGCGUCGAGAGCAGCACGGCCUACGUGCUGGCGACGGGCACGGUCAAGUACUACCAGGAGCGGAAGGCUACGUCCGUGAUGCCCUUGCAGUGGGUUUCCGAGGCCUGCCUGUGGGUGCAGUGGAGGCACCAGGGCUCGCUGGUGGCCAGGUCUUGCUGCUCCAUGGUGGGGCUUGAUGCCGACAAGUUCAGGCAGACCGUCCUCAAGUCCGGCGGCGACCUUGACCGUUGCCUGCGUACCGUCGCGGUGCUAUAUGCUCACACGAUCGAGCAGUCGGCGUGGAAGAACAUGAGGCUGACAGACCUUGACCUCGACAUUGAGGAUACCAACGGCAUCCACUGGAGGGCGUUCAAGUUCUGUAACUUAGGAAUUCCAUCACGUCCAACGGUUCCGUGCGAGCCUGGCUCCAAGUCUACCGGGUUCAUGCAAUUCUCUUCACUUAGACGCAGAAUGUCAACGCUGAUGGAUAAGGACGAGUGGUAG